UAUUCCAUUUUCCACUACUCUUCGGUUGGACAUCUGGUGUCACUAUACCUGAGCUGUCCUAAAUAAUGUACACAAUCUUUUGCUAAGUGAUCUUUUUUAUCCCAUUAUUUGUUUAGUUUAGUUGAUAUUAUCUAUCAAAUAGUUCCAGUGUAGUAGGUGUACGGUGCUGUUCCAUUAGAGUCGAUCACACGACCGAAUCCUUUGAAAAGUGCAUCCAGUAUGUCCCGUUACAACCAGUCGAACCCAGGCAGCUAUGCUCAGACGUACAAACUCGUCGUAGUGGGAGGAGGAGGUGUCGGAAAAUCAGCAAUUACUAUUCAGUUUAUACAGAGCUACUUUGUCCACGAUUAUGACCCGACCAUCGAAGACUCGUACAAUAAACAAUGUGUCAUCGACGAUGUUCCAGCAAAAUUGGACAUUCUGGAUACUGCAGGUCAAGAAGAGUUUAGCGCAAUGCGGGAACAAUACAUGCGUUCUGGUGAAGGCUUUUUGUUGGUAUUCGCCGUGACCGAUCAUGCGAGUUUCGAUGAAAUCUACAAGUUUCAUAAACAAAUUCUACGCGUGAAGGAUCGCGACGAGUUUCCCAUGCUGAUGGUUGGUAACAAAUCGGACCUGGAUCAUCAAAGAGUGGUGUCGCUGGAGGAAGCUCAACAGCUGAGUAGGCAGCUCAAAAUUCCGUACAUUGAGUGCAGUGCCAAACUGAGAAUCAACGUGGAUCAGGCAUUCCACGAAUUGGUUCGGGUAGUUAGAAAAUUCCAACUUUCCGAACGUCCUCUGAUCGACGAAAAAGGAAAGCGAAAAGGUGGGAAGAAAAAGUGCUGCAUUCUAUAAUGUCGGAACUCAUGUAUGUCUAAGCGCACAAAUCAACCCUCCGAAGUAGGAAAAAACAGGCAUUCGUUGGCCUGUGAAGAAGGUUUAGUUUUUCCAACUAAAAUGCGCAAUUGAGUCAACCCGAAAACUUGUUUCAAGUACUGAAUGAACGCAUGAAUAAACUGCCGUACUAUUCGAUGUAGAAAAUAUAUAAAGAUGUUUGGACAAUACAAACUGUGGCACGAUUUUAUCAUCAAACAUUAAAAAUGUUCCAUAAACCUGAUAUCCUCGAACUCUUGCAGUUCAAGCUUUCAUCCAAACGACGUGCCAUAGGCCUGCAAUUAUUGGAUUUUAUCGAACAAAUAGACAGUAUACAAAUGUGCCUAAUCGAUAUUUAAUAUCUCUUACAAAACGAUUCAACUGAACCAGGGAUGAUCCUAUGAUGUAGAUGGUUGGAGCAGAAUUUGAUUUAUUCCAACACAAAGCACGAAAUAUUUAUAAGUUAGCCCAGCCGCUCGAUCAACAAAAUGAUUUCCUCUAUCUGCAAUAUUGCCGACAAACAAACUCGUAUCGAAAAAAAACACGCAUUAUUUUAAAGAUUUUAAAUCAGAAAAAAUAUAUUUACUCUACUAAUAUUAUAUAUCUAAAGAGACUUAGCUGGAUGUUACGAUGUUUUUGUCAGUGAAGGCGAAAUUCGUCAUUGUUUGAAAAUUAAUAAUUAAAAAGAAACAGCAAUUAACUUAAUAAGUUGUUAAUGUUAUCGGUAAUAACAGUUUGAAAUUAAAUGCAAUGUAACGUCAAUAUUAACCAAAAUAACUAGCUUUAAAUGUGCUUGUAAUUGAUGAAAACAGAUAUUAAAAUGUAUGUCUAAUCGAUCGUAUGGAUCAGCGCACAUAAUUUGAAUCGGUGCUAAAUUUUAUCCAUACUUUCAAUUUCAGUUACAACUGUAUGUUUUGAACGCAUGAUUAGAAUGCCAACUAUUUUAUUAAAAAUAUUUAUAUAAAUAAAUGUCUAAAUAUUGACCAAAAA